AUGAACUAUUACGGCUAUUGGGAUUACCCUUAUUAUGGCCAAGGACAAGGUCAGGCCCAAGGACAUGCACAGGUGCCACCUCAGGCUGCACCUAUGUCACAGAUACCUGCUCAGGUGCCUCAGGUGCCUCAGGUUCCUCAAGUGGCUCAGCCUCAGCAGGUUCAACAGGUGGGUCAAAUUCCGCAAGUGGGUCAAAUGCCUCAAGUAGCACAGGUUUCUCAGCUCGGUGGUCAGCCUCGUCAGCAGCAGCCUAAUGAAGAUUCUACUUCGGGAAUAUUGCAACGCCUUAAUCCACAAAAUCAGUAUCUGGGCUAUGCGCAACAGCAACCAAUUCCUCAGCUUCAGCAACAACCACAACCACAACCACAACCUCAGCAACAGCAGCAACAGCAACAGCAACAGCAGCAACAGCAACCUCAGCAACAGGCACAACAGUCCCCACGACAACCACAACCGCAGGUGCAACAGCAGCAACAACCACAACAAUAUGAUAAAGGGUUGCCACAAUUGCAACCCAUGUCAACUAAUACUCAACAAAUGAUGUAUUAUCCAUACUCAGGCUAUUCUCACUACUAUCCAUAUUCAGGAUACUCUUAUUACCAACAACAGGUACCUCAACAGAUGCCUCAGAUUGUUUCACAAGAAGAGGAUUCAGAACUGAAAUCACAACAGCCGCAGCAGCAACAACUUCAGCAGCAACAAACUCAACAGCAACCAUUAGCUCCUCCUAUUAUAUCUAGUGCUGUAAACUCACAUCCUGCUGGAUAUACCCAAUCGCCUAGCUCCCGUUAUUAUCAGCUACCACCAACUUCCACAUAUCAAUACCCUCGAUUCCAACAAUAUGGUUUGCCGAUGAUACAACAACAAAGCCAGGCUUCAAUAUCUACGCCGAAAUCUACCAACCGCAAUAGCUCAGGUUCUUCCACCAACAUAUCACAGUUCGGUACCAAUAGUCCGCUGGAUUCAUUUAGUAACGCUUCACCAAAUCCAAAAGAGUUCCCUUUGAAAAGACGUAAAUCAAAUAAAAAAUCACACUUGACUCCAACUCAACCAAACACCACUACCUUCUCACAACAGGGUCAAAGGUCUAAAGUCACAACAACUAUGUGGGAAGACGAGAACACCUUGUGUUACCAAGUCGAAGCUAAUGGUGUCAGUGUAGUAAGAAGAGCUGACAAUGAUAUGAUCAAUGGUACGAAACUAUUGAACGUUACUAGAAUGACAAGAGGACGCAGAGACGGUAUUUUGAAAGCUGAAAAGAUAAGACAUGUUGUGAAAAUUGGUUCCAUGCAUCUAAAAGGUGUUUGGAUCCCAUUUGAAAGAGCAUUAGUUAUGGCGCAGAGAGAAAAGAUUGUUGAUCUUCUUUAUGCAUUGUUUGUCAGGGACAUUCAAUCUAUCAUUCAACAAGAAUCCAACGGCAAGUAUCAGCAGCAGACUCAGCAGCAUCAACAUCAUCCGUUGAUGUCAUUACCACAACAGAACCCUGUCCCGUAUGCCAACCACCAGGAUGAUUCAUCCAACCAUCUCAUGGUUCUGACUCAGGCAGGAGUUGCCAUGCAGCAACAGGGAAAUUACAACCCUAAUCCACAAAUUCCUCACUCUAACAUCAACGAGUCUUCUGAUAAUAACAGCCACCAACAACAGCAACAGCAACAACAACAACAACAACAACAACAAUUCGCUACUCAAUCGCAAGUUCAACAACAGCCACAGCAACUCCAAACAGACCAAUCGCUACGACCAGCUUCUGUUGACAAUAACCAGGAAAAGCUGCACCAUCCAGCCGGUCAACUGACAGAAGCUGACCAAAAGCGUAAUGACUCCACCACCAGCCAAUUGGGAGCUUCUUCCAAACAGCAUGAUGAAGGAAAUUCUAACACGAAUGCCAACCCAAGUAACUUGAAGGAUUGA